UUAAAUUUUUUCCCUUUUUUCGCUGCUAUAUACUGGUAUUUUAUGAAGACUGUAGUGUAUAGAUUUAUUGCUUUUUUUGUGACUGCCAAGAGAUAAUAAAUGACCUUCUUUUUCUUUUAAGCCGGGACCACAGAGUCAUAGAGCCUGAGGUAAAGACUGGCUGCUUGACUUGUUUCCAGUUACACAUUUUCCCGCCAAAUUUUGUGUGUGAGGAGAACAGCUGUGUGACAGACAGGCUGUGAGGAGAGGAGGCAGGCCGGCAAAUAUGAGCCAGACCCCAAAUGUAAAUGUCAUGAGACAAGCUGCUCUCAUCUAUAUGGACAGGAGUGGUGGGCUGGAGAAAUUUAUAGAGGACUGCAAGAGAUAUAAAGACUCCACACACAGUUAUGCAGUGUACCGAUUUGUAAUUUCCAUUAAUCCCGUGGACGUCACUGAACUCGAUGCCACACUUGGAAACUAUAUCCUACAUGAGCCACUGAGAGCUUCACAGAUCUUCCAGUCGGUAUGCGAUGCUGCAAUAAGAAUCCUUUCCUUGAUUGAACAGUACCAGACUGAAGCACAGAUAAAUGUAGUCCUGAAACUAACGCACUUGCCUGAAUUGCCUGGCUAUCGCUUAAGCCUAUGCAACUUCCCCUUGGACUACAAGUCUCAAAGACUUUAUAUGAUGGAAGGAACAGUAACUGCAAUAUCAACGGUGACAAAGUACACUCAAGGAGCACAAUUUCUCUGCUCAGAAACAAGGUGUCCUUUUUCUCAAGAUUUUCAGUAUAUCCGAGUCCACAUACCUGGGGCUACAGAAUUAGCCACUGUAGGACAAGACUUUAUGUGCGAUUUAUGUUCGUCACCACUAAAGGAAGACAUGAAGUAUAGAGUUCUUGGUGAUAAACAGGUGGUUGAGUUAACAGAUGCAAAGUCAUUACAUGUUCUCCAGGGACAUUAUGCAUCGUAUGAAAAAAGCCGAUUCCAAUCAUAUGCUGUAUAUGUCAGAGAUGAGUUAAUUAACAGGAUGAAAAUAGGGGGAAGGUAUAGAGUAGUAGGAAUUCCAGUAUGUGGGCCUAAUGGUUCUCAACUAUCUUUUUGCAUUGAAGCAAAUAAUAUUCAUCAGUACAUAGCAGAAAGUUCUCUGACCAUAAGUGAGCCACUUCGAGAACUUUAUGCAAAGACCUUUGGUUCCCCAUGGAUUUUCACAGGAGUACUUGCAAAUAUCUUUGCUUCUCAAGUUGUCCCAGUGGGGACAUACAAUACACUUAAACUCUGCAUGCUACUCAGCCUUGUGCAAACAUGUAAUGAAGAUGAAGACAUUGGAAAUACCAUAGACCUUUUGGUAGUGACACGUGAGACACUAAUUGUGGAGAGACUGAUGAGUUACAGUGUGGGCCUUCUACCACGUGGAGUGCGACAUACACCUUUCAGUGACAUCUUUGCUACUGUAAGAAAAGAUGAACACGGGACAGGGACUGCUAUCGUCCAUGCUGGCAGUGCUUUAAUGGCAAAAGGAGGAGUCUGCUUUAUUGGAGAUAUAAAUUCACAUAAAAAAGACAAGCUUGACCAUUUAAAGUCCGUUUUGGAGAGUAGAAACGUGGCUGUGUUCAUACCUGGGAAGAAAUAUGGAAUAGAUGUGGAUCACCAGAUAUUUAUACCUCUUCAGUGUAAUUUCUGGGCAUAUGCAGAUUUCUCUUCUAAGAAAAACAAUCCAAGAGAAAACACCUUUAUCGGACAGAUGGAUUUAAGUAUGAUACCAAUCAACGUCAUGGAUGCAUUUGGAAUGUUGGUUUACUGCAACGAGUCAUCUCUUAGUCACCCAACUGUGCCUCUUGUACAACACAGCCUACUAAGGGCAGUAAAUCCUGGAUCGUCUCUCUGCCCUGCAUCUGAACAGUUCACCACACAAGACUUUGAAGAGCUAAUUUCUUAUGCAAAGAGUUUAGAGGUGACCUUUAGCCUCGGGGCUGAAACAUUACUCCAGAGUUAUUAUUUGGCAAGCAGAAGGAUAAGGACAGACAGUAGUGGAUCUAAAAUUUCAGCAUCAGCACUGAGACACCUUUCUUCAAUGGCAGAAGCACACACAAAAUUAAGUUUGAGAAAGGAAGUGACAGAAGAUGAUGUUUUGGUUGCCAUUUUAUUAUUUGAAGAUUCUCUUACUCUGAAACACGGCAGCUCAGUGUUCUCUGUAUCCCAUAAUCCUCUAUUUCCAGUUGAGCUGGUGGAUGAGAGCAGUUUAUGUCAGCGAGAUAAAUACCUGAGAGAAUACCAGCACCAGCUCUUACAGUUUAUUAUGACAUAUGGACCAGCAGCAGCUUCCAUCUCUGAAGAAUAAGGGCAAUUUGGAAGGAAUUGGCCUCUUAAAUACAACAUUGGCAUGUUUUCAUAAAUCACUUUACUAAUCAUAUUGUCAAUAAAACAGUUCUCAUAAUUUUAACCAAGAUGCAUUGGAUGACAUACCACUAUAUAGGAUUUAGAUAAGUGGUCCUAUGAUGAGG